AUGGCCUCAGCGGGUUUCUCCUCGUGCGGAUCGCCCUCCGACGUCGUCCAGGUCCCCGCUUUGACUCUUUCCCCGGAUCCGCCGCAACCCGGUUACAAUCUGACCGUAGAUUUUGACGCAACCGUGAGCGAUGUCAUUCAAGUAGGAGCGUAUAUUUGGGUGGAAGUGAAACUUGGCUACAUCGUACUAAUCAGGAAGACGUUCGAUCUUUGCGAGCAAGCGACGCAGUUGGACGCCCAAUACGAGUGCCCUUUAGCGGCGGGUGAUUACACCGUACAUCAUGAGAUCGAGCUUCCCAAGGAGAUACCCCCAGGCAAAUUCGUCGUAACUGCCAAGGGUCACAAUCCGGAUGACUCCCCGUUGUUCUGCGUAAAGGAAGAUAUAUCCUUCAGGAAAUCAGCGUAA